AUGCAGGAAGUACCACCAAGUUCAGCUCAGCAUGAAACGCUUUCCGAGGAGGACUUUCCGCUCACCUCCGAUCGCCGACGGCCCCGAGAAAAGACUUCGGUAUCGAAUUGUGUAAUGCCACGGUUUGCUUCUUGCUCUACGAUAGUUUUUGUGUCCCUUUUCUUGUUCAUAAGUGGCAGUUCAUGCUAUGCUUUAUCGUUGACUUCAUCGGCGUCCCUUUCGUCUUCUCGACUGUCAUCGAAGGCGCUUUCUUCGCAAUUGCUGGCGCCGAUGGAUGUUUCUCCGCCGUGGAUGGAAGCGGCUCCCGUAGUUUGGAAACAUCAGUUGGCUACCCUUCACAUGAAGGUUUCCGGACGAAUGCCGGUAACCCACAUGUUCCUCCCUACACAGAAGCUAUCGGCAGUGGCCUUGUCGCGCUCGGACUGCGCCGGCACACGGCACUACCGUUCGUCGGAAGAAUUGAAAGACGAACACCUGCAACUCUGCCGUCGUGGACCACGGGGGACUCUCGGGUUUGAGGUCUGCGAAAGCACCGCACUCGAGGCAUCCCGUUCCAGCGUCGAUUCGCAUCAAUGGAAUGUUCCCCAAACCUGGAACGCGCUGACACCGAGUGGACGAGGCAAUCGUAUUUGGGGCAGCGACAGUGCCACUUGGAGUGGUGCUGUUGCGGACUCGGCCGCCGCACCGCCUCUUUCCAGUACGACGCUUUGGUUACCGUGGAUACCCACUCGUCAACAGAUUGAAGAUCUAAAAGUUGUGGAACUGAAACAAGUGUGUGCCGAACGAGGAUUGCUGCGCACAGGGAACAAAGCAAUCCUGCAAACUCGCCUUCUGGAUUGGACUCGUGAACAAAUUACUCGCAAUGUACAAAUGUCGAGCUCGGGUCUCAGUUUUUUGGAUACCAGCGAGCCAGUUCUCGAGGAGGAGGGAAGAGAGAUGCGCCCAUCCGAUCAACCGACCAUGCAGGCGAAUUCGCUGGCAGAAUGGGCACGUACCGUAGAUUUAGAGCCGCUUUUACAACGGAGAGAAACUAUCCAUCGCGAAAAAUUGGAAGGGAAACCUAUUUUAAAGCCGUCACGCCAGACCCAGACCGUUAACAUGCCGCGUCAAGAAUACCUUUCCGUGCUAACACGAGUCUUUGAAAAGCCGUCGUCGCCGUACUCGAAUCGAGAAGUAAAGCAGAUGUACGCAGCCUCCAAGCAAGCCGAUCAAGUUGGCGACCGAGAUCUUGCGAAACGGUUACUGCAAGAACUCGUUGUCGCAACUCCACACGAUGCGCGGUUGUACCGCCGUUUGGCACGAAUGUACAAGGAAGAGGGCAACGUUUCAGCGGCACGCGCAAUACUCCAACAAGGCAUUCGCGACCAUCACGCAAAAAAUGGCUAUUUGUGGCACGGAUUGGGAAGUAUGGCAACCUCAGAUGCGGACGCCAAACACUACUGGCAGAAGGCGAUUGAAGUGGAUCCGGCCCUGCCACAUCCGUAUCACUCGCUGGGGACUCUUGAACAUAAGGAAGGUCGGAUCGCCAAUGCGAUGAAAACCUUGCAAAAGGGUGUUGCCUACUGCCCCACCUCUCAUCGUCUACACCACGCCUUGGGUGAAUUAUAUCGCGACGCGAAAAUGCUCGACAUGGCGGCAAAAUCAUAUCAUCGAGCGAUCCAGCAUGGACCGCCUGUAAGCCACGGUUUUGCAUUCACUGGCCUCGCAUACGUGGCGUACGAACGAGACGAUAUACAUGGUGCUCGAAGAUGGCUGCGAAAGGCAAUUGUACUCAACAAAGGCCGGCAUGUGAACAGUUGGGUUGCCUUGGCACAGAUGGAAGAAAGCAUUGGUGAUAUAGACUCUGCACGCGCGACUUGCGUGGCUGGUCUAGCUCAGUAUGAACGGGGCUUAUUACAACGCAGCAAUCGUGGUCGACCAUGGAAACCGACAACGGAGCGAGCCUUCCUGGAGGAUCCGGUGGCUCUAAAGGACGAGUUUUUGCGGCAGGUACCCGUGUACAGAUCUGGCGAUCGCUUUUUUAAUUUGUACCGCAACUGGGCACGGCUGGAAGAACGAUACGGAAAUCGGGACUCGGUGAAGGAAGUUUACAGGCGAGCGACUGUCGCCUUUCCGAACGAGUACAGAUUAUUACUAGACUGGGCGCAAUAUAUGGUGAAAGAACAGCGGGACGAGACGGCUAGGCAACUCUUCGCGAAAGCUAGCACGAAAGCUGCUUCGAAACAUGCAGAUCCUCAUCGAGUGUACGCUGAGUUCGAAAUGUCACGAGGUAGGUAUCUGGAUGCCCGUGAGAUUCUUUAUCGUGGUGCCAUGGUAUUGUCCAAAACGACCGAUAGUGGCGGCAGCGCUGGAAAUCGAUACGGACUUGCGGAACUUUUUCAUACCUGGGCUGUGUGCGAAUGGCAUUUAAACGAACUAUCUCGUUCCGAAAGUCUGUUUGACCAUGCGCUGCGUAUGACCAAUGCCGGUGAGGACGGUUCGAAACUGCGAUCACUUAUCUUAUAUUCGAUGGCUCGGCUGCAAUAUUAUCGAGGCGAGCACUUGCUAGCACAGCAUUGUAUUGGUUUAUGUCUCAAGGAAAACCUAAUGCCCGGAGGAAAUUCCAAGAUCUGGGAUCUUUGGUCUGAUGUCGCUACUCAAAUGGGCAAUCCUUCACUUUCACAAAGAUGCCAGGAGCAAUCAGAGGCAUCGAAGUCGAAUGAAAACGCCAACGGGACAACCGAGCUUUCGGGACUGUUAGAGCACCCUUCAGGUUUGACGCGAAUGAAGGGACCGGACAUGGAGCAGCUAAUGAGACGAGAUCCUUGGCAUCGAAAGAUCUUUGGGACACCACUGCGGCCUACUGCCUCUCUAGGGGUCAAUUUGCCGGAGGUUCUAUGA